ACAGACAGAGAGGACACGGAAAAGAAACCAAAACGUAUAUAGUAACGAUUCUCACAUGCUUGCUUUUGGUCGUAGUUGAUAAGGACCGCGCACUUGAACUAGAAAUAAGCUACAUGCUAUUUUAGCCGACGUGUUACUAUUUUAGCGUCUAUAAACUAUUCAUUAUUUAUGUCAAGAGUAUAAACUGUAACACAUUGAGGUUCCAAGAACUCUUAAAAAAUGCUACAAUAUCUAACUAGCAAUUCGUGUGUGCGGUUGAUACAAAGUCACAAAUCGACAUGGUAUUUUUUGCUUCUAGUCUUGGGAUAUAUUCUUUAUCUUAUAUUCGGAGCUGUUGUCUUUUCAUCGGUGGAACUGCCUUAUGAAGACCUGCUAAGACAGGAGUUACGAAUCAUCAAAAAACUGUUCCUCCAAGACAACGAAUGUCUGUCGGAAGAACGCCUUGAGAAGUUUUUGGAGAAAGCGCUCGAGGCCAGUAACUAUGGAGUGUCCAUUCUCAAUAACGCAUCGGCAAAUUGGAAUUGGGACUUCACCUCCUCACUCUUUUUCGCCAGUACUGUAUUGUCUACCACAGGAUACGGUCACACCGCUCCGCUCUCCGACGGGGGGAAAGCUUUUUGUAUCGUCUACUCUGUGCUCGGCAUCCCCUUCACCCUCCUCUUCCUCACCGCCGUGGUCCAACGCAUCAUGAUCUUCAGCACCCGCCGGCCCGUCAUGUAUGUGUCCACCCGCUGGGGCCUGUCCAAACCUUUGGUAGCCAUGGUCCACGCCACGCUCCUCGCCAUCCUGGCUGCUUCCUGUUUCUUCCUCAUCCCGGCGGCCAUCUUCUCCUCCCUAGAGGAGAACUGGAACUUCCUGGAGAGUUUCUACUUCUGUUUUAUAUCUCUCAGUACCAUCGGACUGGGAGAUUACGUACCAGGAGAGUCCUUCAACCAGAGGUUCAGACAGUUCUAUAAAGUGGGCAUCACUGUCUACCUCCUCCUGGGACUGGUCGUGAUGCUGGUGGUCCUGGAGACGUUCUGUGAGCUGCAGCAGCUGAAGACCCUGAGGAAGAUGUUCUAUCUGAAGAAGGAGAAACCACAGGACCGCCUGGCAAUACUGGAGCACGACCAUCUGGCCUUCACCUCUGUGUCCCACCAGAACAACUCCACCUCGCUCAGGGAGGACAAGACCAAGAACGUGCCCUUCGUUAGUGUCCCCGAGCUGGCCUCGCCCGGUGGGGACGACCCCAUGAUCGGCUAGAAAGGGGGUGGGGAUAGUUCAAAUGUUUGGGUGAAACUAGGACAAGGAGAGUAGAAGUGUAGUGAGGGGGGAGGGAUGGUGAAACUAGGGAAGGACAAGGAGAGUAGAAGUGUAGUGAGGGGGGAGGGAUGGUGAAACUAGGGAAGGACAAGGAGAGUAGAAGUGUAGUGAGGGGGGAGGGAUGGUGAAACUAGGGAAGGACAAGGAGAGUAGAAGUGUAGUGAGGGGGGAGGGAUGGUGAAACUAGGGAAGGACAAGGAGAGUAGAAGUGUAGUGAGGGGGGAGGGAUGGUGAAACUAGGGAAGGACAAGGAGAGUAGAAGUGUAGUGAGGGGGGAGGGAUGGUGAAACUAGGGAAGGACAAGGAGAGUAGAAGUGUAGUGAGGGGGGAGGGAUGGUGAAACUAGGGAAGGACAAGGAGAGUAGAAGUGUAGUGAGGGGGGAGGGAUGGUGAAACUAAGGUUGCAUCCCAAUUCUCUAUCCUUCUUCUGAAGUGUGGACUUGAUCACUGCAUUGUCAUUAUACCCUGAUGAAGACAGCUUGUCUGUCGAAACGUUGGUUACUAAAUGAUUGCAUCUGAGCCCCUGGGUGUGCAGCUCUCCUUUUCUUUUUCAAGUGUUCUACUCUGCUAGCCAGCACCUCGCCUAAACACGUGUUCUACUCCGCU